UGUUCAACUCUGACACUGAAGAAGACGACUGCAGUGGUUUAAUGAGCAGAAGGAAGAUGAAGAUACAGAUCAAUGACUUUUCUGGGGUUUUUAACCAGCCUGUGACUGCCCUGUUACUGCUGUGUUACAGACACUGUUUGCAGUUAAGGAAAGGAAGAAGGGAUGGCGAUGGAGCUAGAAUGAAAGAGCCGACGGUAUGUGUGGAAUAUGUUUGUGAGAGGUCCGGGACACAUCCACAUCCACAGCGAAGAUCUGGGUUUGGAAAUACACAUCAAGGCAGAAAAAAGUUCCAAGGAACCGAGCAGAGCAGCAGAAGCAGACAUCCUCAGCCUGGAAAAGUCCCAUCCAAACUUUUACUGAGACCAGCAGGGCUUUGGGACAUGGCCCGGCCUUAGGAGAAGUUCUGGGACUGCAGUAGAGUUUGGAAGGCGCACCAGAGGAAGUCCAGGGCGCACAUCAGACUGGGAUCUGUGUCUGCUCUUAUUCCUGUCCUUGCUGCCGGAGGGCGAUGGGGGCCGCGCCGGGCUCGGGCUGGGAGGAGGGCGAGUUCGAGUUCAAGUUGGUGUUUGAGGAGGACCCGCCGCGCCAGAGUCAGGGGCCGACACCGGUGCGCGCAGCCGAGCCGGAGAGCGCCAUUCACGGGGACGAGAGUGAGGUGUCCGUGCUGCACCUGGAGCCCAGCAGCAGCAGCAGCAGCCUGGUUACAGACAACCACCUCACCACGACACAUGCAGGCCACUCAGUCAGCAUCCCCAGCCCGCCACCCUCAGCCAAUCAGCGCGCUGGGAUGCAUUCCCCGCCUCCACGGAGGGCCCCGGUCAGGGAGUUCAGUGGGACCUAUGAGAGCCUGCCCGCCCGGUCUGUACAGGUGUCGGAGUGCCGUGUGGUGGAGUGUCCAAGCAUCCAGAUAACCACCAUCUCCCCUGAGGACGACCCUCCUUCUGUCCCCAGCUACUGGGACAUGGGCGGCAGCGGCGGCGGCUGGGAUCGAGAACGCCUCUACCUCCCUCUGCUCGACCCCUUUACCUACAGAGACCGAUGCCCUGGCUCCCUCAGCCCAAGUCCCGCCUCCAGCCCCUCAUCUCGUGGCUGGCUAAGCCCCGCCUCCAGCUGUGACUCCCUGUUGGUGGAGGAGGAGGAGCUAAACGAGGCCACGAUCAAUUUUGGCCUCUCGUCGUCAUCAAGGCCGACUUCUCCAGGAGGUAAAAAGCGCAGAAACUCCCCCCUGGCCUCCCCUUGCUCCUCACGGAGGGGCAGUUAUUCAGAGGAUUUGCAUGGAUGUAACCUUGAAGGUGGAGACUCCGCCUCUCAGACACAAGCUCCGCCCAGCAGCUGUGAGCUUAGCAUCCCACAGAAAACCAGGAAGACAUCACUGGAGCAGCUGUCACCCAGGGAGGUGGAUCAGGAGCAGGCUCCAGGCCACAGCACCCCCUGCCCACUGACAGAGACCCAGCAGACCAGGAGAGAGCCCCCAUCCCUGGGCAUGGACUACCUCUCUGUGCCCCCUGCCCUGGCUUGGGGCAGGACCCGGGCCAGUGCUCACAGCCCCCUGUUCAGGUCUAAUGCCCUGCCACCGCUCGACUGGCCGCUGCCGUCCCAGUUUGACCAGUAUGAGCUGCGUAUAGAGGUGCAGCCCCGCCCACACCACAGGGCCCACUAUGAGACGGAGGGCAGCAGGGGAGCAGUGAAGGCCACACCAACAGGACAUCCUGUCGUCAAGCUGUGUGGAUACACAGAGAGGAAGCCGCUCUCCCUUCAGGUUUUCGUUGGAACAGCUGAUGACCGAUCCAUCAGGCCGCAUCCUUUUUAUCAGAUACAUCGGGUGACAGGGAAGAUGGUGGGCACUGCCAGUCAUGAGAGCGUUCAGGCUGGGACCAAACUACUUGACAUCCCCCUGACCCCUGAGAACAACAUGACUGCACUCAUCGACUGUGCCGGGAUCCUGAAGCUGAGGAACUCGGACAUCGAGCUGAGGAAAGGAGAAACAGAUGUAGGAAGGAAGAACACUCGUGUCCGUUUGGUGUUUCGUACUCACCUGCAUCUAGCGCCGCCCGUGGCCCCCCCAGGCCGGGUCCUGGCUCUGCAGGUGGCCUCUCUGCCCAUUGAAUGCUCCCAGCGUUCAGCCCAGGAGCUGCCAGUCAUCGAGUCGGUCAGUCUAACCUCCUGCUCUGUGGAGGGCGGAGAGGAGCUGCUCCUGAGCGGCACCAACUUCUUACCGAUUUCCAGAGUCCUAUUCAUGGAGAGAGGAACAGAUGGUAAACUGCAGUGGGAGGAGGAGGCUCAUGUUGAUCGUGACAACAGCAGUGAGUGUUUGCUGUGUGUGAGGGUUCCCGCCUACAGUGACCUGUCCGUCAGUCGGCCUGUGUCCAUCAGUCUUUAUGUCUCCAACGGGAAAAGAAAACGGAGCAGCACUCAUUCCUUCAAAUAUCUUCCCAUUAUGUUCAAGGAGGAGGACCCACUCAUGCCCCGGCCCUCUGCCCUGCCCCUGGAUGGAGGGACUGUGUGUCAAACCAGGAUGGACAGGGGUCUCCACGUGCGAGGGGACCCCAUGACUGACGAGCGUGGCCUGGGCUUCCACCUGCCCCCCUACCCGUCCACCUACUCCCCUCCCUGUCCAUCCAUGGGUUACCAUGACGAUUACUGCUCGAAGCCUGACGCUGCAGCGGAGGAGCCCGGCGGGUCCAGGACCACCCUCUCUGAGCGUCACCCCAGCUUUGAGAACCUGGAGCUGGGUUUCACUGAGCUCCUUCCUCCCUUGUACCCCCGUGGCCCGCAGCCCCCCUCUCCCUCCCCUUCCCCUUGGCUGGACUCUCCUUACUUGUCUUCCUCACCCUCUCCUUCCCACUCCUCCUCUCUGAGCCCGUUCCCUGCCGGCAGUCCCAUCUCAACCUCCCCUCUACCCCCCAUGCCCACCUCCCCUUACCCCCAGUACUCUGUUUAUCCUCAGGAGGUGUGCCCCUCCCCUCCCUCCAACCCCAGUCACUACCAGGACAUGUGCACAGCACCUUAUUCCCACUAUGAGGGCUGGGACCCCCAGGGAAGGGCACUGGGUCCGGGACAUGGGGGAGAGAGGGAUGCAAAGAUUCAGGAGUGUCCCCUGGAGUUUAGCAGUUCUGUCUCCAUGCACCACAUCACAUUUGAAGAAGUGACAGAGUUGAUCGGGGAGGACAUCCAGUCUUACCAGUCAGCCUCACAGAUGGAAAACCAGCCAAACUGAAACAAGAGCAGCUCAUGGCCCUAUUUAAUAGUCACCAUCAUUUUAUAUCUAAUGCACUUGGUUUUAAGAUGCAUUGUUCCAGUUACAUGUGACACUGACAGGGGAGCAUGAGAACAGGGACAGGUGUAACCAUGAUCACAGGUAACUGAUGUGGUUUUAUAAAGGAAGGCUAAUGUUUUUAACGUUUGCAAUAUAAAUUAUACAUGA